AUGGCUGGGGACGAUGAUGGCUCCAAGGCGAAGCUGCGCCUGAAGCAGAUCGAAGGUCAAAUACAGAGUCCCGCCCACACCAACGACAGCAGCACACGAACAGCUUCGCCAGAGGAAAAGGCGCCGAAGCGGGCCAAAAGGAAGGACAAAAAUGCUUCACCUGCCGACUGGUCCGACAUACUGGGGCAGGUUGCAGACGUGAAGAAAAUUGCAGAAACACCACCCACAAGUCGCCGGGGCUACGUGCGCCAGAAGCAAGCAGGCAAGCUAUGGGUGCGUGAGCGUAUCGAGGCCUUCCUCGAUCCAGGGAGCUUCUAUGAGGUCGGGUCCGUAGCAGGGACCAUCGACUGGAGGACAACGACUGCCGGCAAGGACGGCAAGACCAAAGACGAGGUCCAAGGUUUCACGCCGAGUAACAAUGUCCAAGGUUUCGGUACUGUGGGCGGGCGCCGUAUCCUGUUCACGGCGGACGACUUCUCGCUGCGAGCAGGCCACGCUGACGGGGCUAUAUGGGCCAAGACGGUUUACAUGGAGAGACUAUGCCUGGAUCUGCGGUUGCCUAUCGUCAAACUCGUCGACGGCAGCUCUGGAGGGGGCUCGGUCACGACAAUCAAAAAGGACGGGUUUAGCUACGUGCCGCCGACGCCCGGCUUCAGGGAGGUGGCAGAGCAGCUCAGCCUUGGGAUCCCCAAUGUCGGUGCUGUGUUGGGCCCGGCAAUUGGCCUCGGUGCGAUGCGGGUGACUGCGUGCCAUUUUUCCGUCAUGGCGAGUGAUGUCGGCUCCUUGUUCAACGCCGGACCUCAUGUGGUUGCGAAGGCAACUUUUGAGGAGGGACUGACUGCGGGUGAGCUGGGCGGGCCAGAAGUGCAUUGUGAAAAUGGCACAAUUGACAACGCCGCCCCUGACGAGGCUUCUUGUUUCGAACAAAUCAGAAAGUUCAUCUCGUACGUCCCUGACUGUGCGGCUAACUCUCUGCCACCGAUCGCAGAGGCCACAGAUCCUUCGGACAGAGACGUGAACUCGCUACGUACAAUCAUACCUCGGCGCCGACAACGGGCUUAUGCGAUGCGACGGCUGAUACAAACCACGUUGGACCAAGACUCAUGGUUCGAAAUAGGCGCUGGCUGGGGGAACACAGCAUUUGUGGGACUCGGUCGCCUGAGUGGCCGGCCAGUCGGCGUCAUCGCGAACAACCCCGAAGUGCUCAGCGGUGCCACGGAUGCGUCAGGCGCACAGAAGAUGACGAGACAUUUGAACCUGUGCGACGUCUUCAACCUUCCCCUGAUCCAGUUCGUCGACUGCCCUGGAUACGCUGUCGGCACUGCUGCAGAACGCCAGGCAACAAUGAAAUACGGAGUCGAACUUGGCAAGGCAUACUAUUCAACCACCAUGCCAAUAUUCAAUGUCCUUGUCAGAAAAUGCUAUGGAGUUGCCGGGGGACUCAUGGCCGACUGUCGGGACCCUCACAACCGCGUCGCCUGGCCGAGUCUGGAGUCGGGAAGCCUGCCGCUGGAAGGAGGCAUUGAGGCCAGCCAUUCAAGAGAGCUGAAAGAGGCAGGAGACAAAAGAGCUGAGGUUUACGAUGAUUUGAUGGAUGAGUAUACCAGAUUGCAGAACCCUGUGCGCACUGCUGCCGCAUUUAAUGUCCCGGAGAUCAUAGACCCGGCAGAGACAAGACGCCUGCUCUGCGUGUGGACAACUCAUAUGUAA